UACGAGAACCCUAAUUUUCCUCUGAACACCAAAGCGAGCCGCUUUUAGCUACUGCAGGAGUGGUUCUUCUUAGGGAGAAGAAAAAAAGCUUCUGCAGCAGCAAUAUAUAAAUUAAAUUAAUAUAUAUGGCUCGCUCUGUAUCUAAUGCUAAGGUGGUUGUUGGUUCUGUAGUGAACGAUCUCUUUCUCUCCAUCUCCAGGAGGGGUUACACUGCUGGAACGCUGCCGGCAAGUCUUGGUAGGAGAGAGUCCAGACCAACUAUGGUGGGGAAAGCAGAAGAGAGCGCUGUGAUCAAGGAAGACUCUGGGGCCUCUACUGCAUGGGCCCCGGAUCCCAUCACUGGAUACUACAGACCUGCCAAUCAUGCGGCUGAGAUUGAUCCGGCAGAGCUUAGAGAAAUGCUGCUGAACCACCGGGGCAGAUCACAGUGAAGAACAUGGACCAUUGUGUGCUCUCAUCAGAUCCAAGUCUCAAGUCAAGUCCUUUUAUAUCAUCAUACUUAUAUUGACUUGGCCACAGCCUCAUAUGAUAAUUGAUAUGUAUUUCCUCUUUCGUCUCUGUUAUCUGAAUGAAUAUGACUACAUAUGACCCCCUUUUGGCUUUAUUAAUUUUUCAAGAGUUAUCGAUUA